CUACAUUUAUUUUAAAUGUGGGCUGGGCACUUAAAAGUUACAGCAGGGUAUAUUAGGUUGUGUAACCUACUUAGAGAAAUCAUUCACGUUGCCUUCAGUCGGGAGCGUAGCACAGCCAGAUAUUGUACGACCAUGUCUUCUAUUCGGAUUGAGACUGUUGUGAAAGAGAAGAACAGGAUGGGAGAGUGCCCUGUAUGGGAAGAAAGGCAGAAUUGCCUGGUUUUCGUUGACAUCAAUUCACAGAAAGUUUGCCGCUGGGACUCAAACAGCAAGGAAGUUCAGUGUGUGCCUCUGGAGGCCCGUGUUGGCUCGGUGGCCCUUCGCAAGAGUGGAGGAUAUGUGGUCACUGUAGGAACCAGGUUUGCUUUCUUGAACUGGGGAGAUCCGUCACUUACUACUAUUGCUGAACUGGAAUCAGAUAAACCAAACAAUAGAUUUAACGAUGGAAAGGUGGACCCAAUGGGGAGGUAUUUUGCAGGUACCAUGGCUGAAGAGACAGCCCCCGGAGUGAGAGCAAGGCGCCAAGGUGCUCUUUAUACUCUGUUUCCUGAUUGUUCUGUUCUGACGCAGUUAGAGGAGGUGGACAUCUCAAAUGGCCUGGCCUGGUCGCUGGAUCACAGAACCUUCUUCUACAUUGACAGCCUAGCAUAUGCUGUGCAUGCCUUCGAUUAUGAUAUACACACAGGAAAAAUCGAUCGCUGCAGCUGCAGACCUGUGUAUAAGCUGGAGAAAGAGGAAGCAAUGCCUGAUGGGAUGUGUAUUGACACAGAAGGGAAGCUCUGGGUGGCCUGCAUUGAUGGCGGACGAGUGAUCCGUAUUGACCCUGAAACAGGGAAGAGACUUCAAACUGUAAAGAUGCCAGCUUCCAGGAUCACAUCCUGCUGUUUUGGAGGAAAAGAUUAUUCAGAAAUGUAUGUCACAUCUGCCACUGAUGGAUUGGGCAAGGUGGCAUUAACUAAGGAACCUAAUGCUGGAGAGAUUUUCAAGAUAACCGGACUGGGAGUAAAAGGAGUCCCACAACAGUACUUCACUGGUUAAAUGCUCAUUCCUUUUACUUGGCCGAUGGAACCCACCGAAAUAUCAUGAGGGACAAGAAAAAAAGAGUGAAUAGCAAAGUGAUGUCCUUCAUCUGAACUCUACAUAAAUUGCC